UCGCCGCUUCGCAGUAGCUCACCAACGUCCGGCGGCACCUCGGCUGCAGUAAGGGCGGUGCACGAGGGCCGGGCUGGACCGGCCGCGCCCACCCCCUCCGCCCACUGCAUCUUCCAGCAGCCGUCUCGCGGAGACUCUGUCCUCGCCCUUCCUCUCGCGCCCCGCCCUCGCCCCCGCAGCUAUCGGUGCUCGGCCUCCCGCGCCGGGCGGGCUCCGCCCGAGCCUUCGGGACCCAUGGCCAAGCGGCGUGCGGCCGAGCCGCUGACGUUCCACGUGCCUUGGAAGCGGCUCCUGCUGUGCGAUUUCCCUGAGGAGCCGCCGCCGCCUCCACCGCCGCCGCUCUGGAUCCCGCCGCCGGGGGCCUCGCAUCCCAGGCAGCCCUUCCGCGUCCCAGAGCUGCCACGAAAGCGUAAAAUAGACGCGGGGGCUAUGACGGAACCUUCGGUUUCGCCCAGUAAGCGCCGCGACGGCGGGGACACCGGCGCCCCGGGGCGUGAGGGCCGCGGCCUGGAGACCGGCGAGCCGCCGCUCCUGCAGCCGCCUGUACGGCCCCGCGGGCCGGGGGAGGAGCCCCAGGGCGUCCGCCCCCCGAGCGGCAGUGGUGACGACGGGGCGGGGCGCGCAGAGCCCCAGCGGGGAGAAUGGGGGGCAACACCGCGCCAGUUCAAUGAAGAAUUUUGGCAGUAUAACACCUUCCAGUACUGGAGGAAUCCUUUACCACCUAUUGAUCUGGCAGACAUUGAAGAUAUAAAUGAAGACAGCCUGAUAGAAACAACACUUCAGGGCAAGAAUGAAGUGGUUGAGAUUGACAUGGAGUCCUGACAGAGGAGCUGAAAAAAUGGGUUUUUCUGAAUUUGAGGAGACAUGUCUAAGUGAAUUUAUGUAUUCUAAGGGAAAAAGUCAUUUUCCAUCUUGAUAAUGAUAUCAUUCCCAAACCUGAAAAAUGAAGAAAAGUUGUUUUAAGGAUAAAUGCCUGCAGUCACUACUGAACCUCCUAAUGGGGAUUUGUCAAGGAUAUAGUGCAGUUAUAGGGAAAGUAUUUUAUGUAUCUGUUCUUAAAGAAAAAUUUAUGUUAGGUUCUAGAUUUGAAGAUCUCAAUCUUAUAAAAAGGAAUUCUGAUAGUUUUAGAAAUAGAUGGGAACCAUUCAAAUAUCCCUAUUGUUGCACCAAAAAGUUAGUUUGUGGUACAUGAAAUGAAUAUUGUUUUAUAAUAACUUAUUAAUAAAAUACUUUCUAAUACA